AUGAUCAGGGCACCACGACUUCAGUAUAUUUUGCAGGCGUUCAUGAAUGAUCGCUACGCAGACUGUAUUGGAAUGUUACACAGGGCGCUGAAUGAAAUCCAGGAUGAAUCUGUACGACGCCGUCUUCGUGUUAACAUUGCGCUGUGCGAAGCGAAACAACGGGGCAAACUGUACAGUGGGAAUAAUUGUUACCGCUCAGCAUUGUUAAAGGAGUUCCCUCAGGUGCUCUGCUCCUCUUUCUUUUGGGAAACUCAUUGCUGGUAA